ACAUUCGAGUUUAGUUAUUAGUUGAAACCAAAUAUGUUUUCAUCGUUAGUCUUUGCGACUAUUUUGUUUCUAAUAUGGUUGAUUUACUUAAUUUUUCGAAAUCAUAGUUAUAUGAGUUAUAUCCCAAUGCCGAAUUCCAACAUCAUUUUCGGACAUAUUUUUUAUUUUUUGAAUACCACUGAUUUGUUACAAAAAAUUACAAAUAUGACAGUAGAAAACGGGGGUAUAGUGAGAAUAUAUAUACCUCCUAUUAAACCGACGGUUAUAAUUACCAAUCCGAAUAUAAUUCGAGAGAUUACACGUUCUGAAAAAAUGUUAGAUAAAGCUAAUUAUUACAAAUAUUUUUCCGAGUGGAUAGAAGAAGGAUUAUUGACGACGAAACUUCAACAAUGGAAACCCAAUAGGAAAAUGAUAACUCCUUGGAUAAAUAAACAGACGAUUUUGAUGAAUUUUAUGAAAAUUUUCGAAUCCAAAUGCGACAUAUUGAUAGAAAAUUUCGAACAACAAUUAGGAAAUCCCGAUUUAGACGUCACGCCUAUUGUGAAAAUUUUUUCCAUGGACGUCACUUGCGAAUGUUUAAUGGGCGUUAACGAUUUCGACGACGAUUUCAAACGCAAUUAUUUCAAUAGUAUCUUCAAUAUCGGUCGGACGUCUUUGAAUCGAAUGGUAUCGCCGUUCAAAAGAUUCGAUAUAUUUUUCGAAUUGACUCGAGAAAGUCGGAGUUUCGAAAAAGAAUUGAAAAAUCUCGAGAGCGUCUUCGAGGAACUUAUCACGAGAAGAAGAAAAAAUGCUGAAAAAUCGGAGACGGAUGGUCAUUGUACAUUUUUAGAUUUCAUGUUGCAAAUGAAGGAUACACAUUCGAUUAAAUAUAUCAGAGAGGAAGUGACAACAAUGCUUUUUGCGGGACAUGAUACUAUUUCAACAGCUAUCUCCUUUAUUUUAUACGCCCUUUCAAGACAUCCAGAAAUUCAAGAAAACGUAUAUGACGAACAAAUUGACAUUAUUGGAAAUGAAAAUGUUACUUACGCGGAAAUACAACAAAUGAAAUAUCUCGAUAUGGUUAUAAACGAAACUAUGAGGAUGUAUCCACCGGUUCCUUUAAUUGGUAGAAAAGUAGAAGAAGAUGUCGUAAUUGCCGGAAAAUAUUUGUUACCAAAAAAUCACAGCGUGGGAAUUUUAAUUUACGGAUGUCAUCACAAUCCGAAUUAUUUUCCCGAACCCGAAAAAUUUAUACCGGAACGCUUCCAAAACGAAAUCCUCCCUGGAACCUAUUUACCAUUCAGUUUGGGUCCACGAAACUGCAUAGGUAAAAAAUUUGCAUGGUUGGAAAUAAAAGUUUGUAUAUCGAAGCUAAUACGACGUUUUCGAUUUUUACGUCCCGAACCAGAUUACAAAAUCGAUUUGGUUCCCCAAAUGGUUUUAGUAGCAAAAAAUGGUAUUCGAUUAUCACUACAAAAACGAGUAGAGUAAAAAAAAUGUAUUUAUGAAAAUUUAAUAAAUAUUCAGAAGUACA